AGGCCUCUAAAGCCAGAAUAUCGGAAAACCCGAACCACCGGAAGAACUGGAACCAUGAAGAAAGUCUUGAAGCAAAACUAAACCCUGAAACGGGAGCAGCAGGCCAAAAAUCGGAACUAAAAUAUGACGCGGCAUUAAAACCUGAACAGGAAUCAUGACGAAAGAGGUACGUUCCAAAUGAGAGUCAGACCAAGAAAUCAAACUUAAACUGAAACCAAGACUACAACUAAUGGAACCGCAACUGGAAUUCAAACAUGGAUUAAUAAGAGGAAGUAGAACCGAAUCAAAACCAGAAGUAAAACUAUUUGCGCUGGAUUGAUUAAUUAGCUUCUCGAUGGAUUAUGAUUCACGCAAAUAAAUGAAAACAAACAUAGCACGUCCACCCAUUAUUCAAAAAUCUUCCCAAGAUGGCGACACAAGUACCCAAACAUUUCUGUAACUAAGGAAGAAUACAUCCAGUGGCGCGUGUGAUUUCAUAUUCACGUUUAUUUCUUGACGAACGCGGCUCGUGACUGCGUCGUGGUAUGUUUACACCCGUCGCUUGGCAACGGUUACCCGGCGAGCAACUGAAAACCAAUCGCACCAAAGCCGAGCGACUCAGUGACGUCACCCACCCGCGCCGCAGAAGCCGUCGAACGGAUCGCAGGACUCUCGACAUCUCCGAAAUGACGGGCGUUCACAUCGACCCGAGCCGGGCCCCGGUCGCCUUCGGGCGGCUGGCCAUCCCGGAGCUGUUCGCCCAGCUGGUGGAGCCCGACGCCGCCAGGAGGCUGCGGGCGCUCGCGUCCCUCUGCGACCUCACGCACGACCCGGAGCGACUUUACCAGGUGGUCAGUGAAGGUUUUCUGGACCAGUUGGAGGUUCUGUUGAAGGAUGGAGAUGCGGCGGUGAGAACCAGAACCUGCGAGCUGCUGCAUCUCGUCACCAGCCACAACAUUGCCAGACAAGCCCUCCUGUCCUCGCCCCUCCUGGCCCGUCUCGCUCAGCUGCUGGACGACCCGUCGCCGCUGUGCAGGACGCGCGCCCACCGCGUGAUGAACAGCCUGGCGCUGCUGCCCGCAGGUGCCAAAGCCUUGCAGGCUCUGGUUCCCAAGCUGAUGCUGAAGCUGCAGGAGGAGCAGGAGGAGAAGGAGGAAGAGGUUCAGGCCCUGCUGCUGUCCACGCUCAGCUGCUGCUCGCGCCUGGACGCCGCCCCGGCGCUGUCCCACCGCGGCGUCACGCUCAUCGGACGCAAGCUGUCGCACGCCUGCUCCAACAUCCGCAGGGAGGCGGCGGGAGCCAUGAUGGCGCUCAGCGUCCCGGUGGAGGGCAAGCGGCAGGUGUGCGAGGCGGCAGUCCUUCCCGUUCUGGCGGACCUCCUGCGCGACCGGGACGUGGACGUGCAGGCGAACGCCGCCGGCGCCAUCAUGAACACCGUGGUCAUCACGACAGGGAAGCAUCAAUGUCUGGAGCUGGACGUCCUGCCGGUCCUGCUGGAGCUUCUCUCGCAACGCAAGCGGGAUGUGGAAGAGGAGCGGGGGAGGAAGGCGCUGGUCCUGUACUCGCUGCGAGCGCUCACCUCGUUGGCCGAGGCUCCCGAGGGGCGUCGCCGCCUGCUGCUGCAGCUCCCCCUGCUGGUGGGGAGGAGCGAGCCCCCCGAGGAGGAUGCCGACAUUCGGCGCGCCGCUCGGACGGCGGUCAACGUCGUCACCUGGACGCCGUGAUGAAGUUCGGGCUGCUGAUUCUAAAAUGUGUCACCAAGUUGUGACCUUCCAUCUUGACCUGAGGUCACCCGAGGUCAAAAUGCCAACGUAGCUCAAGCCCACUAAGCUAGCACUAACGCACGUACAUCCGGACUGGAACAAUUGAACCACCGCAUAGUCCCAAGUUGGCAGAUCGCUUUUGGAACCAUAAAUUGCUUUUUGUGCCAUAAAUGUACAGCUUUGGUGCCAUCUUGUGGCACCUUGGUGCAAAGGAACUCCAUUUCCACCAAAGUAAGUGCUCGGUUGCCCUCUGGUGCCAAACGCGGGCCG